CCUCCGCUCGCUCGACGCCGCUCUGAACUUUGCCUUUAAGCUCGCAUGGCUGCAUCCGCGCCGGGUUCCCGUGAACGGAUGCUUUAGACCCAGCUUAGCAAGGCCACGCUUCUUCCGAGACCCUCAUCAAGCCGAGCCUCUGCAUGCCUUGCAAGGAGGUCGCUGGCUGGAAGAAGGGAGAGGGGCUGAGGUUUCCUCCCCGGGGGGAAGCUGGAUGCUGCGUGGGGCGUCUGGUGGUACAGCAGGACGUCGGGGCCACGCACUCCCCAACCUUGGAGUGACCCGAGAAGAUAAAACCUCUUGGCUCAGCGCUUCCAUCCCUGCGUUUCGAAGGAGGACCCACCUUGGCAAAGCCCGGUUGCUUGCUGCCUCUCGCCGUCUCUCCCCGCAGCCCACAGAGGGAGGAAGGAGAUGGCAGCCAACAUCUCCGGUGGGACGCGCGACGCUCUUCUGGACAACGGCUUUGCUGGCACCGAUGACCUCGUUUCUGACUGGUACAUCUACGAAACCGUGGAGCCGGCUGUGCCACGGGAUGACAUGUUUCCCAGCGUAAUCCCAGACUGUGACCCCACCAUUUCUCCCAGGCUGUAUCACAUCUGCAUGGCACCCGUCUCCCUGGCAGUGCUCGUGGGCUUGUCCUUGCUGGUGAAACGCAGGCGUCUCCACCGGAGCUGCUGGAACGGCGUCCCAGGAUUGCUCAGCCCAGCCAACUUUCUGGAGGAGGAAGGCAACCGAGGGCUGGUGGCCGCGGUGUUCGGUAUCCUGUUCUCCUCCCUCUGCGUGCUGGUCCUGGACAGGGACCCUCUGCCGCUCCUCACCCACGCCUCUCAGAGCACCCGGGAGUACUGGAAGAUCUUGGCUUUGCUCUACUACCCUGCCUUCUACUAUCCCCUGAUUGCCUGUGCCACCGUCCGGCACAGGCUCAGCUACCUCGUGGGCUGCCUGCUCUCCUGGUGCCACUGCGUGGUCCAUAUCUGGCAGAAGGUGGAUUGUCCCCAGUCGCCAAAGAUAUACAGGUACUACUCCACGCUCUCUUAUGUCCCCAUCAUCCUCUGCCUUGUGCUCUUAAGCCUUUGGUAUCCAGCCCUGCUCAUCAGGAGCUUCACUGAGCAGGAGGAGACCUUGGAUAAGGAGGUUACAGGGCGAGGGUAUUACAAGAAGUACCUAAAGGCCGUCCUGUCCAAACGCCCUCGGAAGGGGAGCUCCGCGAAGAUAGAAGAGAGCCUCCUGUCAAGGGUCCGGGCGUAUUUACGCUCCUACGUCUACGCUCCUGAGGAAGGUUUCCAGAUCCCGCUGAAGCUCGUCCUGUCCAUAACCGCAGCCGUGAUCGCCGUUUACCAGGUUGCCCUGCUGCUCCUGGUAGCCGUCGUCCCCACCAUCCAGAUCGUACGGGCCGGGAUGACGAAGGACAUCGUGGUGUUGUUGGUCCAGUUUGGCUUGGUGCCCUCGGAGAGCCCGGCCAUCCCGGGUGACAUGGAGAAGGAGCUCAACACCGUCAAGUACUACCUGUGGUCGCUGGAAGUCUGCUACAUCUGCUCGCUGGUGCUGUGCUGCCUGCUGACCUGCGCCAUGCUGCUGAGGACGCUGGUGAUGCACAGGAAGAACCUGAAAGCGCUCUACCAAGGGGCCGUGCUGGAUGUUUUCUACAAAGCCCAUAUCCUCCGCCCGUCCCGACAAGCCGUUGUCUGCUGGAUGAGCUUUGCCAGCUUCCAGGCGGCUUUUGCCUGCCUGGGUCUCCUCAUCCAGCAAGUCAUUUUCUUCAUCUGCUCGGUGGGGUUUACCUUCCUCUUCGUCAUCCCGCUCCAGUCCGGCACUAGCACGCACCUCUUCAAAAUCAUUCAGAACAUGUGGCCCUUCUGGUUGACCCUGGUGGUUGCAGUCAUCGUGCAAAAUUUGGCAGCUCACUACCAAUUCGUAGAGCAGCAACCCCUCCAGAAGGAGCUCACCAACAGGCGAGCUCUCUACAUAGUCACCUACCUGCUCUUCCCCAUCAACGUCCUGGUGGGUGUCCUGGCUGGGGUGUGGAGGAUGGUCAUUUCUGGCCUUUAUAACGCCGUCCACUUCUGCCAGCUGGACAUCAGCCUGCUGAACCGCGGCGUGGAGAGCUUUGAUCCAGGCUACCACACGUACUGCCACUAUCUGAAAAUCGAGGUCAGCCAGUCCCACCCGGUGAUGAAAGCUUUUUGCUUGCUGCUUCUCCAGCUAGCCAAGCCGGAGGGCCCGCCGGGGGUCCGGGCCAGCAACGUGGAAGAAGGCAUCCAGCUGAUGCAGCCCAAGAAGGUGCCACCGAGCAGAGCCAGGUUCAAGCAGAGCCGAGCCCGGUGGUGGCUGGCCUACACCCUCCUCAACAACCCCUCGCUGACUGCUUGCCGGAAAACCGCCCUCUCCGACCCCACGGCCAAUGGCACCCAGCUCAGCCCCCCCAAGCCCUGACCUCUAGAGAAGCCCCCCACCUCUCUCUGCCUCCCACACGCGCUCCCGUUCCAUCCCAUCCCUGUCUCCCGUUGACACUCCUCUUGCACUGGCAGGAAUUUUGGGCACCUCUUGCCCCUCUUGAGCCUCUGGUCCCUCUCCAGCGAUGAUGGGGGCUGGUUUUUAGCUCUAGGUCCAUGCUGAGCCACUAUCAAGGUCUAGAGGUGAAGACGCAGCCAAGGCGAAUGGGUCACCUCCAAGCCUGACCUAGAUGGAGAGUGGUUGAUGAGCCAAGCUAAACCUUUCAGGCAUCUCAGAAACAUCUUCUUAAGAGUCACUCCUGCAAUGAGCCCGCCGGUUCUCAACCAGUUGCCUUUCCAGCGCGUGGCAAAGAGACAGAAGGUGUGUGUCUGUGUCUGUGGAGGGCUCCUCGGCCACACUGAGCACGAGCAGCUACCCGCAUCUCGGUGAGGUCCUGCUGCCAACCCCCUCCCCAGCUUCUCCCUUUCAGUUCUGAUCCUGGCUCUCCUCAGGCACUGUACCUAAUCCCAGGAUUCUUCCCCCCCCCCCCCCAAAAAAAAAAAAUAUUAUGGAAGGCUGAAUUCCCCAUCUGCUCUUGCUCUGGCCCAUGAGGUUGCAGAACCAUUAGUUUUCUGCUCCCCGUAACUCUUGUCCCCUCGGUGCCACCCUGUUUUAUUUAAAGCCAGCGGUUUCCCAGGGCCAGUGACCCUCUGAGCGAGCUGCGCUUGAAUCCAUAGA